AUGAGCAAACCAACUCUGAACCCCCAGACAAUACAAAACCGCAUCUCUCAUCUCCUCAAACACUGGCCUACCGACCCCGUCCGCCCUGCCUCCGUCUCCAUCCAAACCUACCUCCAAUCCCGCCUCCAACCCACACAACCGCAACAAGCGCAGCCCCAACAAGUACAGCCAUCCAAGGUAGAAAUCUCAGAGGCCUCGCUCAAUGCCCUCUCGUCAUUACUGGAAGACCGCUACGCGAGACGGUAUCCGUUACCGCCGAAGCUGCGGCGGCCGGCGACGAACCCAGACCACUACGACAAUGUAGUCAAGGAGUUUGAGGAGGCGCCGGGGCGGGAUUUCUGGGGGAGAGUGGGAAAAAGGCUUCGGGGGUUGUUUAGAUUUACGUGA